AUGGCUGAAGUUGAUGACGCUCUCCCCUCCUCCUUGUUGGACGCCAUUCGCACUCAACUGAGAAUCGACUCUGACUCGGAGAGCUCUCAGAGCACCGUCAUCACUGUGCUUGAUGCGAGAGGUCAGCCGAGUUCACCCACCACUCCUCUCGAUGAAGAGAUGUCCAGCCCAGCCGACGUCUCCCCGAACCCCGUCUCCGUCUCUGCCUGCUCCUCUCAAAUACACGAUACUGAGCCCUUCCCAUCCUUUGAUGAGGGUUACUCUGAGGAGCAACGUGAGUGGGAUCAUGACUUCCAGGCUUCUAUCAUGACGGCGAUGCAAGCCCAAAUCCGCCGGGAGAACAUCGACCAGGCCAUCAUCGCGCCAGCCAACCAACCCGAGAAGAAGCAACGCACCCUCGAUCGGGUCAAGGAGCACCUCUCGAACCCACAGAUGCGCUCAAGCACCCGGGAGCGAUUCAUUGCACUCACCAACAUGGUGAUUCGUCUCGAUCACGUCUUGUACGAACGCAGUGAAGAGUUCCUGGGAAUGGCCGAUGUAGCUGCCGCUGCGGAGAUCGUCGAGGUGAUCCUGCGAUACUUGCGCUGGAUGGACGAGAUGCUGGGUGGGCUGGUGGCCACGGCCGAGAACGUCUUUGGCGCCUUUCACUUCCUCUCGGCUGAGAACGUUCCGGCCAUCUUCAUGUUCCGACAGAUGUCGAAGGUAGCAUCUGCUCAUCUCCGGAAGCCCAAGGUUCUGGAGCAGCAGUUGCUCUCCUUGUACCUGGACCUGUUCGACGAGUGGGUGCACGAGCGGUUCCUGCACCUGAGCAACCGCAAGAUCCUGCAGGACAACCGGAUCGAGCCCGAUUGCCUGCAGCUGAUCGGCCACGUGCACGACGUCUGGGAGCUCCUCAUGCGAAGUGUGAGGAAUUACGCGGCUUACACGGCUCAACUGGAGCAUAUUCGUCUUGUGUAUCUCACGCCGGUCUUUACUAUGACUGAGAUAGCCGUUGCCCCGGAGAUCGUCAGCUUCUCGUUGAGUGGUGAGCCUUUGCAGGGGCCAGAGGAGGAGGACAAGGACGAGACGAAGUAG